GUAGUCGGGAAUCUGCUUUUGUACAUGCCAUCUCCUCUGCUGGGGUUGUUUUCGCCAUCACCAGGGCGUGUAGCCAAGGGGAGCUGAAGUCCUGCUCCUGCGAUCCCAAGAAGAAGGGCUCGGCCAAGGACAGCAAAGGCCAGUUUGACUGGGGUGGCUGCAGCGAUAACAUUGACUACGGCGUUAAAUUUGCCAGAGCCUUCGUGGACGCCAAGGAACGGAAAGGAAAAGAUGCGAGAGCGCUGAUGAACCUUCACAACAACAGAGCUGGGAGGAAGGCCGUGAAGCGGUUUUUGAAACAAGAGUGCAAAUGUCACGGUGUGAGUGGAUCGUGCACUCUAAGGACCUGUUGGCUGGCCAUGGCAGACUUUAGGAAAACGGGAGAUUAUCUGUGGAAGAAAUACAAUGGAGCGAUUCAGGUGGUCAUGAAUCAAGAUGGCACGGGUUUCACUGUGGCUAAUAAGAGAUUUAAGAAGCCAACUAAGAAUGACCUGGUAUACUUUGAAAGCUCUCCAGACUACUGUAUCAGGGACAGGGAUGUAGGGUCCCUUGGGACGGCUGGUCGGGUUUGUAACCAAACCUCCCGCGGCAUGGACAGCUGCGAAGUGAUGUGCUGUGGGAGAGGCUACGACACCUCCCGUGUCAGCAGAAUGACAAAAUGCGAGUGCAAAUUCCACUGGUGCUGUGCUGUGCGCUGCCAGGACUGCCUGGAAGUGGUAGAUGUUCAUACCUGCAAAGCGCCGAAGAGCACUGGCUGGAUCUCCCGGACAUGA